AUGCGCCGGCAUGAGUUUUUUUGUGCGGUGCUACAGCUCCUUUUUGUGCUGUUGAUAUGCUGUGGCACCAGUAAAUCUGCCAACGCCGAGAAGAGCCAGAAGGAGUCGAAGGAGGUUGAGCUCUUCAAGCCGGGGAAAACAACAGUACCCGCAGCGAAAGGAGAAAGUGAAGGUCAAACAACGACAAAUUUCUCCUUCUACAGCCAUUCGCUUGCUGACGUGAAUGGUGUGCUGGUUGCUCUUGCAGUGGGUGAAUACGGCAGCAGCCGUGACGACAUGAAUGCUGGCAUGUGGGCAAGGCAAUAUGUGUACGGAGACGGCAGUAGGUUGGGCCAAGACGCCACAUGGGAAGAAGGAAGGUGGGGAACGCCGCAGCUUGUGGCCAAGCGAUUGGGAGAUGAUGUCGACUACGCCCCGCCUUUUGGCCCCAAAGCUGUGGUGAAUAGCAACAAAAUAUUUGUUUUGGUGACAAGCACCACCGAGACAAAAAGGCGAUGA